CGCUUACACCAACAUCACAUCUUGAUGAGAGCUUCGGGGCAAGAUGCCGGCUGAUCGCCUCCUCUCGACGCUGCUGCGCGCACUGCAGGUCUACACCGACCAAGAAGACACGCCUCGCAUCCUCGGAACCGCCUCCUCCCUCCUCACAACUCUAGGCAACCCGCACAACCUCAGCCUCCUAACAUCACAUCUUCUCACCGCUCCCGCACUCUGGGACCGUCCAGACGGCGUCCGCACCUCGUUGCGCCUCCUCUCCGUCUUCCACACAGCCGUGACGACGAUAAUAACCCACCACAACCAUGUCCGCUACAACAAAGCCCCGAAGCUUCUCCCGGGCCAGAGUCCCGUCGGUGGGGGUCUGAAUCUAGAUGAGUGGAUCAAAGCGAUCGUCGCGGGCGCCGAUGACCGGAGCAGGAGAUGGAAGCAUUUGAUCGUUCUUGGGGGGUUGUUGAUAGGCAUGGGGAAUCUGGAAGAGCAGGGCAUGGACUUGUAUUGGGCGAGUGGGAUCAGGAGGAGGGUUGAGGGCGCGCUGGUUAAUGCGACAAACCUUGCGCUUAUGGAGGUUAGGGAGAGGGGUGAGGCGGAUGGGAUGGGUGGGCAGACGAUCACGCUCAUCUUGAACCAUGCGUUUGGGUGUAUCAGUGAUGGAGAGAGGACGCUGCUGGACUAUGACCUCUUGCUGCCCGUGUUGAUUGGGACGGCGUUUUAUUCCAGCGAGGGGUUUCAGAGCGCGUACUUCCUUGGUGGACUGGAUCUAGACGUAAGGGUCGCGCAGGGUGGGAAGCUGGACUGGAGUGCAACAUCCAGCUCAUGUCGGCAGGUUGAAGCCAUCCUUGCCAGACCGCUGGUGGCGUCUAUGGGCCCGCUGUCACGCCUCAUUGCUCAUGCGGUGGAGAACGCGCAGAGUCCUUGGAUCAUUCAGACUAUGAUGGACGACCUGGCCAGCUUCUCCCGCGCUCUCACAACGCAAUGGCGGCAAAUCAAAUUCUCCGACAUCGACCCUUCGGACGAAGCAGCACACCUUGAGGAAGAAGCACUGCACAAGACAACGCCCCAGCUAUGGAAACUCCUCAAAGCAGCCCUCUUCGCGAUAACCGUCAUCCUGCGAGGCGUAUUCACCCGCACUCUUCGCGAUCCAAUCCUCGCAUCCGACGCCACAGCACCCGUUGUAGCCUCUCAAGCGCUGCACACCCUCCGCCACUUGUACUUCAUAACCUCUCGCCUCGGACCGGCGUCCUUCUCGCAGCACACAUUCGUCUACCUAACCGCCAUCGACAUCCUCUCCACACAUCCCACCGCUUCGACAAAAUUCCUCUCUCUCAUCGCCCCUCCACACCUCGGAUCCAUUCCUUCACACCCACUGGACCGGAUCCUAGACCUCUACUUCCUCAACACCAGCGAACACUUCUCCCUCAUCCUUCCCGCCUCGGUGAACGAGGACCUCCUCGUCGCAGCCGCUGUGCCCUACUUGGCGUCAUUCUCCUCCGCCCCGGGGUUGAUGCCGAACUUCGAAGCCGCACACUCGGUCAUGCUCUCCGUCCUCUCGGCCCCUCAAAGCGCAGAGGUGACAGCAAAGCACCUACCGUUCUACAUCGACGCACUAUUCUCUGCGUUCCCCACCUCCCUAUCUGCGCGGCAGUUCAGACUCGCCUUCAAGACGCUAAUGAGGGUUACUGCGCCGCCAAGUCCUCUAUCAGCGACACACCCCGACCUCCCAGCUACCCUCUUAGAGCUUGUGCAUUACAGAGCGCUGCACGCGCCCACGACUGCACUACCGACUGACGCCGUAGCCCUCGCUUUACAAGGUUCCGACGCCCCUCCUCCCGCGCUCUCCGAGCAGGCAGUCCUCGCUCUCACUCUGUUGGACGCACUUCCCUUCCUCACCAUCAAUCUAUUAUACGAGUGGCUACCACUCUGCGCGCAACUACUCAACUCGAUCCACGAUCACGAGAUGCGAGACGUGGUUAAAGCACGCUUCUGGGAGGUGCUGGUUAGUGGGGAGAUGGAUGCGGAGCGCAGCGGUGUGGCUGUGGCGUGGUGGACGACGAAAGGCGGACGAGACGUGGUCUUGUACGGGAGAGAAGGAGGAGAGGAGGAUAUGGCGUUGAUGAGCGGAGCGCUGCCGGUGGAAGGGGUGAGGAGUAAACUGUAGUACGAUCGAUAUACCC